AUGCCACCAGUCGGUCAGCCAGAAUGGCAAAAUGUAAUCAAAGAGAGACUAAUGGCUAAGCAGCUAGACAACGAGGUGUACAAAGAUAUGGUGGAUCAAUAUCGACGACUGGCUAGGACUGCUCGAGAGCUGAAAAUCCGUAAUAGAGCUCUACUGAAAUCUGGUGGUGGAUCGACGAGUUCGGAAGGAUCAUCCGCUCUGCUCACUCAUUUGGACGCCCAAUUGACUUCGCUCAGAUCUGAGCUAUCUACAUUGUACCGAACUCAGGCUGCAUCCCAAAAUAAGCAACUAUCAAUGGCCGAUGCCCUCAGAGAUCGGGAUGAGGAGGUCCGAGGGUUAAGAGAUGAAUUGAGAGAGUUGAGAGAUCAUCGAGAUGCGGUCUUGCGGAAAGAUAGAGAUUGGGAAGAAAGGUGGAGAGUGAGGAAUAAAGAUAUGGAGACGCUUAAUGAUGAAUUACUGUCACUCAAUCUGGAACUAUCCUCAUUAUCCGAUCAGAAUACACUACUCCGAGCAGAUAAUGCUAAUUUACUACAAAGAUGGAUUGAUAAGAUGAACCUUACGGCUGAAGAGAUGAAUGAAGAAUUCGAGAAAGAGAUGAAAGAGAACGAAGCUUCCCAGGAUGAUGAUGAUGAUGGUGGCGGUGGUGCUGAAGACAAUGGAGAGAUCAUCGUUUCACCUUCAAGCUCAGGUAUCUUAGAAGAAAAUGGGAAUAAACGUAAGGCGGAUAUAAAAGGCAAAGGAAAAGCGAUUCCAGCCUCAACAUCGAUUUCAAGCUCGACCUCAGGACUAAAGUCUACGUCAACAUCCACACCAUCUAAAACGAGUAAAGCAAAAACGACCACACUCAAAACGCCGGCGGCAGCGCCUACAGCUUCUUCAAUCAACAAAGCAAGAUCUAUAUCUUCCAUCAAAAGCAGAACGACAACUCCAGGAUCUGCUACAACUUCAACACCCACUCCGUCAAUCAGGAGUAAAACAGGAAAGGAUUUUUGA